CCCCGGCGUGGCUAGGGGAGGCAGUGAGGGUCUUGGUGACGGUCCAGUGCGCGUGCGCGCUGUGGUCGCGUGUGGUUUCUGGAUCGGGUAGCGGUUGCUGCACUCUGUGAGAAUCCCUGGGCUGAGGCCGAGGCGGGGGCUGCCGGCCCGGGGCCAUGGCGGCGAACGAGGACCAGGAGAUGGAGCUAGAAGCAUUACGUUCUAUUUAUGAAGGAGAUGAGUGUUUCAAAGAACUUAGUCCUGUUUCCUUUCAGUAUAGGAUAGGUGAAAAUGGCGAUCCCAAAGCCUUCCUAAUAGAAAUUUCAUGGCCAGAAACAUACCCACAGACAGCUCCAAACAUAUCCAUGAAUGCUUUCUUCAACAACACCAUAUCUUUAGCUAUAAAACAAAGUAUAUUGGAUAAAUUAAUGGAAGAAGUUGAAGUUAAUCUUGGAACUGCCAUGACAUACACACUUUUUGAAUAUGCCAAAGAUAAUAAAGAAUUGUUCAUGGAAAAUCAACCUGUUCAUAUUGUGACAUCUGUAGGCAAUAACAUCUCAAUUGGAACUCAUGAAGUAGCUCCAUCAAGUAAGAAAAGUCACAAAAAGGAGCAGUUGUCCAAAACCCAGAAACGAAAGCUAGCAGACAAAACAGAUCACAAAGGGGAGCUUCCUCGAGGAUGGAACUGGGUGGAUGUAAUUAAGGUAACAUGACUGUUACAACUGUGAAAUUAUUGCAUCAGAACAUUGGUUUUUCUGCAGAUGUAAUGAUAAAUUAUAUUUAAUCUGUCUUUUUGCUUUUCUUCCUAACAACAUUUGGAUUUGACUGUGGUCUCUGAUGAUUUUCUGUAUACAUCCAGCAUUUAAGCAAAACGGGUUCUAAAGAUGAUGAAUAAUGGACUUUGAUACAAGGAAACUUCACCUUUUAAUACAGUGCAAUUUGGGUCAACAUCUUUCUCUUAAUAGCUUUUUCCUCUUGUCAGAGUGGAACAUUUUAUGAAAGGACAAUUUCCUAACUAUUAAACGUGAGCACAGAUGUUUAUCCAGAGAUUAUUCUGGUAUUACAUUUUUCUUCACAAACAAAAACUUGCCUUAAAGGGAAGAUAAGUGCGCCUUUUCUAUAUUGAACUUUUUGAAAGCCUAUUUGGUUUCUAACUGUCGAAUGCUGAAAAGAAUAGUGAAAUAUGCAGUGUUAAUUUAUAUUGUUUUACUCUGCAGUAAGAAUAUAGUAAAAUUCUGUUAGUGAAUCCUCUGAUAUUGUGACCAUUUCCUGAAGUUCUCAUUCCAAUGGAAUAAAAAUAUUAAAAGUGGUUAAUCACUUGACAGCAUAGUUCAUUUAAAAUAAACUCCCUUUAAAUAAAGCCUUCUUGAUGUGUUCCUCUACAAAUGCAGAAAGGGAACAUAACACAAUUAUAUCAAAGGAUUUGUCUAGACCUAGGCCAUGUCUACAUUGCACACCUCACAACGGUAGGGCUGUGCUGCUGCAGCCGCGCUGUUGUAAGGUAAGCAGUGUAGCUGCUCUUUGUCGCCAGGAGAGAGCUAUGUCUACACUACUGACCUUAUAGCUGCACAGCUGUACCACUGCUGCUGCACUGCUGUAAGAGCAUAGCCACUCUGAGGAUGGGAGAGAGCUCUCCCGCUGCCAUAAUUAACUCACCCCCAACGAGCGGCGGUAGCUAUGUUGGCAGGAGAGCGUCCCACAGACAUAGCUUUGUCCACACCGGUGCUUUUGUUGGUAAAACUUAUGUUGGUCAGGGGUUUGGGUUUUAUUCCACGUCCCUGACCAACAAAAGUUUUACCAGCAGAAGUGCUAGUGGAGACAAAGCCUGAAGCUUUUGGUUCUGCUUUAAAUCGAGUUAAACAGCCUGCACGUGGUGGUGAUGCAGCUGAGUUUCUAUAGGCUUGCUAGUAACACUAUUGCCUGAAAUCAGAGUAAGUUUCUGGCUCUGUGAUUUUGACUAACUAGCUCCAAGUUAAGGGUAGAGAAGGUAGCAACACGUGACGCUUGUAAAUGCUAGUGCAAAAAGGACCACACACCUAGUCUAGACAAAUUCAAAUUGAAAGAACAAGUGGUUACAAUACCAGUAUGUGUUCUCAGUUCAGCCCAGUGUGCGUCUGUUGUAGUCCUCCUCAUGUAUAUCUUUACAGGAGAUCAGGGUGGAGCUGUCCUACUGAUAGUGACUUUCUGAAUGUUAUGACUUGUUGGCUUUUUUUCAUUGGAUAAUCAGUAGUUUACCAUGUGGAUUUUAUUGUAUGAAUUACGGGACAUUGGGGGAAAAAAACAAGCCACUCUCCCAUGUUGGAAAACCAUUUUUUGUACAGGUUUGUUGUCUUGUAUCAAAGAAAAAAAUCCUCUUUACUGUACUAUAAAUGGUAACUGAAUACUAAAUGCCUUAAUGUCAUUUAAUAUUUGAGAUUUUGAUCUUAAUAAAUGCUAUUUAUCUGC